AAUGUCUUUUGACGGUGACUACUCAAGCGUGGAAAAGCCGUAAAAUGGCUGGUAUCUGUGUGGCUGGUAUCUGUGUCAACAAGGUUCAGUGUGUGCUGAUAACACGUGUUCCAACUACACGUAGAGCGGUACCAAAUGGAGGUCAGCUUGUGCCAGCACCACACAUGCCGGUGACCUCCGUCAGCUGAUGGCGAGGCCAGGUUUAGACCACAUCUGUUUCUACCUCCUGCCGGCUCUGCUCGUGUAUCCAGUCCUCUCACACGAUGGAGAGUGGAACUACGACCCAAGGGGACCAGAUGGCCCCAGUCACUGGUACCAAAAGUACCCACAAUGUGCUGGAAGUUUCCAGUCUCCCAUAGAGAUCUCGACUGAUGAAGUGGUCUACGACCCCACACUGGCGGCACUGGACCUGUCCGACUACAGCAACACUAGGGACGUCAAGAUGAGACUAGUCUACCUGGAGGGUCACACAGUCCAGCUAAUCUUCUCCGGCAAACCUUUAUACCUGCGGGGCGGGGGUUUGAGUGGCGAGUACCAGCUUGACCAGCUCCACUUCCACUGGGGGUCAUCGGCUGCUAGUGGCUCGGAACAUCUGGUCGACUGGAAGAGUUAUCCGCUGGAGCUUCACAUAGUCCACCACCAGCGAAAGAUGGGGAACUUUACGGUAGCCUCGUCUCAACCCUACGGUGUGGCCGUACUAGGCAUUUUGUUCAAACUAAGCAAAGUUAAAAACGAAAACUGGGAUAAAUUUCUCGGGUAUUUAAAACAAGUCCCGUCACCGGGUGACGAGUACGAUGUCCCCACGUUUGCCCUCAAAGACCUGAUUCCGUCGUCUGCUGGUAAAAACUUCUACCGUUAUAUUGGCAGUUUGACCACGCCUCCAUGUACCCAGCCGGUCAUUUGGUCAAUAGCUGCCAACUUUAUAGAGCUGUCUGACUCACAGCUGCUGGCGGUGCACAGAUUCCGUGACCAAAACGGGGCGCUACUGGAGGACACCUACAGACACAUCCAGAACCUGGAGGGACGGAGAGUUCUCACCACGAUAAGACGUUACCCUUACAACAGGGCCACCCACACGAUUGGCCAACCGGUUCUCUUAGUAUUAGGUUUAAUCUUACUUUAUGGAUAAGAUUAAAGGU